AUGCAGGAGUUUCAAAGCACCAUCGCGCGGCUCUUUUUGCUUGCCCAGUACUUCGGCUCGCUUCGGACGGCAGCGAACUUUGCUCGCGACUCCGGUCGCCGGUCGAAAGUCUUCUUGAUGCCCCUAGGUGGAGGUGUCUUCCGGAAUCCUUGGGAAUCAAUUGUGGAGAGCAUCGCGCGCGCAGUGGAGCUGCUGCCCGCAGAGGAUUUGGAAUGGCUGGACAUCGGACUCCUCGUUCUCCGGCGUCCCUCGGCUGCCGGCACGGGCCUCCUAUCGGCAGAAGAGCGAACAAUCGAGCUCCUGAAGAGCUACCGGAAGUGGAAACCUCACGCAUAA